UCCUGGAGCACCGGCCAACACUGAUAACCCGUCCGGCCGGUCAUGGCAUAUGGGGUGGCAUGUACAGUGACGAGGACUGGGGAAGGCGAAGGUUCGGUGGAGAUAAAGGGAUUUUGACCGGAGGUAGAAGGCUGGAUGGGUCGCUGGAGGAAUCUAUGGUGAUGGAAGGUGGUGUCUUUGCUGUUUCUGAAUUUCCAGUGGGAUUGAGGUGCUUUGAUGUUUUAACGGUGUUCAUGGUUAGAGGUAUGUUUUCCUACCAGAUCUGCUGAUUUUUCUCGACGGAAGGAUGCCCCCGUUUUGAUGAUUUGGUUUUUGAGAAUGGUGCGAAUGUUUUGGUGUUGGGGGGCUAUUGAUGGGGGGUUUAGGAGGCAAACGACUGGUUGGGGUUGUUUAUUUUGUUCGUAGAGAUGAAGGAAGACAGAAAGUUGCCGGAGAGGAACGUUGGAUUGGACUGAGUGUAGACAGACCCAUCUGAUGUUUUUGCUCGUGGUUUUGGAUAUAUUUGAUAAGGUGGUUACUUGGAAAGCAGUCAGGUCUCACCGGAGAAGAGAACCGACAUUCCGUCUAUCGAAACCGCUGGCUGCUACUGUGUCUGGCUACUAUUUAAACCUCCAAUCCUGCUGCCUUGCCGAUGCCGUUGGGGACGCCGGAGCUCAGUGGGGGUAUGGUGGUGGCCGGUGGGGUGGAUAUAAGUUUGACAGCUUUUUCCUACUGGCUGAGUUGCUGUACGAAUACCUCUUCCCUCUGUGUUUCCAUUGGGGAGAUACCGGGACCAGGCGGGGUGGGGGGAGGGUAUGUCGGGUUUGAUGUCAGAAGCGUUUGUCUGACUUUGAGAUUCAUUUGGUUUGCCGCAGUUGAUAGGCUGGUACAUCGCCGGAGAAGAUGAUGGGAGCUGGUUCGACGUCAUCGCUGACGCAUAGGUGUGAUGUUUGUGAUUGGACACUCUGUCGCCGACCCUGUCGACCUGUCAACAUCGCAGUUCAAAUUCCAGGUUUGGCGCCUAGCCUGCUGCGGCGCUCAAGCUUAGCGAUACGCUAGGCGGUGGAGAUGGGCUGAACCCGGAAUUCGUUUGAAACCUUAGAGGCAUUGGGCUGGGGAUCUAUGUGAAUGGAUUUGGGCUGCUCUCUGGACCUCGCGGUUUGGAUGGACAGCAACUUCCUUGGAUGCAGUUGGACUUCUGGAUACUUAUGACAGCGGCACCAAUUUUGGUUUGAGAAGCUAGGACUCCUUUUUGGGAACGGAUAUCUGGGAUGGGGCUUUCGUUAGCUCUUGGCUCAAUUGUGGAUUUAUUUUGAGCUACUUAAUUGAUGUACUGAUUUGGACACUAAGUCGAGGCCUGUCCUGUGCUAGUUUUGAUGUUUUGCUAGAUCAUUUUAAAAACUCUCCCUUGCCCUCUGCCU